ACAACUCUUUCGGCCUAUAAAUGCUGCGUCCCGGCCGUAAAUUUACAGACAAACCAUCUCAAUCGGCGCGCGGCUGCCAAGAUUAGCAUCCCGCUUGGCCAUGGCCACCACCGUGAACCCCGCCGGCGACCCGGAGGCGCUAGCCAUCGACGAAGCCAAGAAGCCUCGGGGCCCGAUCUCCCUUUACCUAAUCGCCCGCGCGCGCGACAACCUAACAUUCCCCUCAGUAUGGUCAGAGCUGAACGGCGCCAUGGGCGACCUCGGAACAUACAUCCCCAUCGUGCUCUCCCUGGCGCUCUCCCGUGACCUCGACCUCGGCACGACGCUCGUCUUCACGGGCGUCUACAACUUCGUCACGGGCCUCGUCUACGGCGUGCCGAUGCCGGUCCAGCCCAUGAAGACCAUCGCCGCCGUGGCGCUCUCGGACCCGUCCUUCGGGGUCCCGGAGAUGAUGGCCGCCGGCAUCCUCACCUCCGGCUUCGUGCUCCUCCUCGGCGUCACCCGCCUCAUGCGGCUCGUCUACUGGCUCGUGCCGCUCCCCGUCGUCCGCGGCAUCCAGCUCGCCCAGGGCCUCACCUUCGCCAUGGCCGCCGUCAAGUAUAUCCGCUACGACCAGGAUCUUGCCAAGAGCAAGUCCCUUGGUCGCCGCCCCUGGGCAGGGCUCGACGGGCUCGUCCUCGCGUUUGCCGCCUUUGUCUUCAUCGUCCUCGUCAACGGCGCCGGCGAUGACGCCGUCACCGUCCAAGAAGAAGAAGCAGAGGAUAGUAGUAUUAGUGAGAACAAUCACUCUUCUUCUUCUUGUUCUUCGCGUUGGCGUAGGUGGAGUCGGCGGUUGCCGUCGGCAGUGAUCGUGUUCGUGGUGGGCGUGGUGUUGGCCGUGAUCAGGCACCCGGCGGCGUUAAGGGAGCUGCGGGCGGGGCCGUCGAGGAUGCGCGUGGUGCGCAUCCCGCGGGAGGCGUGGAAGAAAGGGUUCGUCAAGGGCGCCGUGCCGCAGAUCCCGCUGUCGGUGCUCAACUCGGUCGUGGCGGUGUGCAAGCUGACCCGGGACCUGUUCCCGGGGGAGGAGGGGAAGGCGGCGUCGGCGACGUCGGUGUCGGUGACGAUGGGCGCCAUGAACCUCGUCGGGUGCUGGUUCGGCGCCAUGCCGUGCUGCCAUGGCGCCGGCGGGCUGGCGGGGCAGUACAAGUUCGGGGGAAGGAGCGGGGCGUGCGUGGCGGCGCUGGGCGCGAUGAAGCUGGCGAUCGGGGUUGUGCUGGGAGCGUCCGUGUUAAAGGUGCUCGUUGCGUUCCCGGCGGGGUUGCUCGGGGUGCUGCUAUUGUUUGCGGGGGUGGAGCUGGCCAUGGCGGCCAGAGACAUGGCGUCCAAGGCGGAGGCGUUCGUCAUGCUUGUGUGCACUGCUGUAUCGCUUGUUGGAUCCAGUGCUGCCUUGGGGUUCCUCUGCGGGAUGGUGGCUCACGGCCUGCUGCUGAUCAGGGCAUACGCCAUUUCCGUUUAGUUUGAUUGGAACUCCGUCUGUCCUCCAUGGAUGGAUCACACGGGCCACCAAAUUAUGUUUGUAUGUCUCCAAUGUAUAAUCAUCAUCGAUCCCAGGUUUAUGUGGGUCGCGUCAAUUGUUUGUAUGUGCAGCGUGCUGUAGCAAACCCGUUCAUUUACCCAUGUUGGUUUAUUUAAGGAGGCCAGCUCUUCUGUU